AUGAGUUCUAAGAGUAAAAUAGAGGAAAGCGAAUUUAAGCUUGCCUCUAACGCAAACUCAGAGGCUUAGUAAAGCAAGUUUCUGAUAUAAAUCGAGAUAGACAAGGACAAAGGCGCGAGGAAUAAUGAGGUCAGAACUAGUUUAAAUGACUCAUAGAAAAUAAAACUACAAAAUCAGAAUACAUCAUAUAGACCGCAAAAUAAUUUGAAUUCAGGAAAUGACACCAAGGACUCCUACAUGAAUUUUCUGAACAACAAUAAUACAAAUUACGGAUAUAUGCAAUAGAAAAAAGAUAAGUAAAAAGGCAGAAAGUAACAGCAGCCUGUAUUCUCAGUGCUUGGUGGAGCAAUCAUGAGUUAAAACUAAAGCAAAAAUGUCAGCAUUGAAGAGGUCGUGAAAGAUAAAAUACGGAAAAAUAAUAACACAUCAUUGCUUUUGCCAGAUAUGAGAACUUAGUUAUCUGGAAUAUAAACAGUCACCAGCGGAGGAAAAGAAUUGAGAACCCCAUCAUCAUUGCUCGCUCAGAUAGUCGUGAAUGGCGGCAGAUACAGUAGCGCCAAUCACUCACCGAAUCAAGAUGGAUAAAUAAAGCAAGGUAACAGAAUUGAGCAACAUGAUACUCGUGCAAGUAGACAUAAGAAAUAUAAUAAGUAACUGACAGACUAACUAGGCUAAGUACUUGAGAUAUCCUCUAACAAUUAAAACAAUUACGGAAUUGAAGACUAUUCUCACAGCAACUAAAAUCUGAGCUAUAUUGCUGGAUCAGAUCCUAAGACUCUUCUUAAAAAUGAAAUACUGAGGAACACUCAAACUCCUUCUGGCUUAUUCGCGACAUAGUAGAUGGAGUUUAUAGCAAAUAACACGGCUGGAAUCUACGAAUUACUAGCUAGAAAAGAGUUUGAACAGUAGCAAAGUAUUUAAGUUUCCCAGAGCACAAAGAAUGCGACUCUCAAUUUAAUUGACCUCAAAAAAGGACAGCCAAAUCCUUAUAGAAAAGAUGGAAAGAAUAUUGGAGAUCUGCUAGCAUACAAAGACUAUGCUAUGGAAAGAGCACAUCAAAGCACCAGAUAGAAUAAGAGCUCUGUACUAAAAUAAGUACUUGAUGUGAGCAUGAAUCAAGAUUAAAUGAGAAAUUUAAAUUAUAGUAUCCUGCUUGGUCAAAAUUCAAAUGAUAAUCAACCUCUAAUUGAAAAAUAACACAGAUUGUUGAAGAACAGUUAUCAUCCAACUUAGCAAAAAGCUGACCAUUAAGUUAGAGCAAAGAGUUAGAUAAAAAUUCCAGAGACUCUGAUUAAUGCCUUUUAGAAGCGAAAUUAAAUUAAUUAAAGCUAGGUUAGUAAUCAGCCAAUAUAAGAAGAAGCUAAUAAGAGUACAGUAUAAGGUUUUCAUAUCACAGACUUACUAGAUUAUGACAAGAAAAAAAAUAAUUAUGAGAGCAAUUUAGAGUCAAAGAGGACCAAAUUUGAAGAUUCAUAGAUCUAAAUUAACGAGUCUCAGCUCAAACAACAAUAAAAUCAAAAUGAAUAUGUCAUAAAAAACUACAGACUGAUUCAAAAAUAGAAGAGGGAAUUUUUCUUACCGACUACUUAGACUUAGCCUAGUUCCCCUAAAAGAAAUCAAAAUCCAUUUGAAUAAACCCAUACUGCUCCGUAAUCUCCAAUAAGAGUUUCAAAUUCUAUCUUAACACCAAAUACGUAUCAUUUCUCCACAAAAGUAUCUCCAACAAAUCAGAUGCCAUGGAAUGAUUAGAGCAACAUAUUGAGCUAGGCAGAGCGCAGUAAACCUUCAGCAACUUAAAAAUUCAUAAGUAAAGAAGUGAGUCUAUAAGAAGAGAGCUACUCUAAUUUCAUCACUCAGCCUAAAUAUUCGAAAUCUUUUAAUAAGAAUGAACUGACUGUGACACCAGAGGAUGAGGCUCAUGAGUUCGAUGUUGAAAAUGGUAUAGACUUAGUUGAAGCUAACUUCAAGGAUAUUCUUGCUUCCUGGAUAAAGCCAGAUUUGCCAAAGAAAGUAAAUGCUUAAGGAUAAAGAACAGACUAUGGUGACUUACUAAAAAGAGAUCAAUCAGUGAGCAAGAUUUUCAAUCAAGCUUCAAGUGAUUCAUUGGAGAUUGAAAAUGAGAUGAUUAUGAAAAUGAAACCAUCACACUAAAUGUAUAUGGAAUAGAUGAUGGGAACUUCAAUUGAACAAAAAAGCAAAUAAGUUUCAACUCUAGAGUCAAAGCCUGGGAAAGGAAGUGUCAUUUCAACUAUGAAUCCAUCAGAAGAUCCUUAUGGCCACUUAAAAGCUAGGAAUGUGUUCAAGGACAAGGCCCAUGAUUUUUAAAGGAAAAUAGAGUUCUGCUUAUAAAAUCCAGACUCAAAGACUAAAGUUAAGAUGAUAAUUGAGCUUACAAAGGAUUUCUUGACUCAUUUAGAAAAAUAAACCCUAUCUGCAGAUAGAUUGCCAUUAGAACUUUUUGAUGAUUUCCUAUCAGAAAAUGAAAUUAUAAGAAAAAGAAUUGAUGAUCGUAAGAGAAUUAACAAAUCCCCUUUAAGGGCUAAAUCUUACUACUUUCAUUUGAAUGGAUCAAAGGAAGAGACAGAUGCAAGAGUGCUAGAAUAUAACACUGAGAAGAAGAAAUUCUUAAUUGAAUUUCAAUCUCAAGGAAAAACACUCUAAAAAUAUGCAGGCAGAUUGAACCUUCACUUUGUAGACUACGAAUCAAAAGAGCAGAUUGAGCUCAGAAGAGUACAGGCUAUUAACUUGAGAAAAGAGGCAUAAAGCAAGCUUUUAGCAGAGAGACUUUUCAUUAAUGAGCUUGCCAAGAAAUAUGACUACAUCAAACUUCCAAGGAAAUUCAAGAAGAAUAUAAAGAAGAGAUUAGUAAUUGACCUUUCCAAAUAUGACUAAGAAAGAGUGAGUCUUUUAGUCAUCUAGGUUGAAGCAUUGUUCGUCUUCUCAGUUUUGAAAUCUAUAAUUUACAGCUAAACAGGAGAUCCAUUUAUUACUAGAAUAGUUGCUUAGUACAAAAUUGAGGAAGAUUUUGAGGCUGCUUAAAAGAAAAAAGCUCCACAUUUUGCAUUGAAGGCGUACGAGGAAAAUGGCAAAAAGCUUGAAAAGAUGCUUAACAGGAAUGAUGCAAGGCUGAUACUUCAGGAUUAUGCUAUUGUCGGUAAAAGAAGCUUUAUUGAUGCUAUACAAUUCCUAAUCAGCCAAAACGAAGAAAUUGUGACAAAGACUCCUAUUUUCGAUUUCCCGAUCCAAUAGAAUCUAUUGGUAUACGUUCUAAGUUAAGAGGAGUUUGCUGGUAAAUCAAUGGAGAAGUACAAACAAAAGUUAAGAUUCUUCCCUGUCUAAAUGUAAAACUUCAUCAAGAGUCAGAGAAUAAUUGCAAGAAGAUUUAAAGAGACUCUAGAAGUAAGGUGGACUGAAAAUAUUGCUAAGAAAGUCGAAAAGAUAGUAGAUAAAGAGUUUGACUAAAAUAGCAGAGACGUCUCAAGAAAGACAUUAAAUCCUUAUGUCUUAAAGCUUUUUGAACUAAUAAGACUAUUCUAAGAGAAGAACCUCUAUGAUAAACUUUAACAAACACUGGAAAACUAUCUGCAAUUCCUACUUCAGUUUGCUAUCAGAGAUGCUCAUUUCAGGAAUUCAUCGCAAUAUCAACAAUACUAUUAUGAUUACUUUAAGGUCUUGAUGAAUUCUCACCCUAUGAUUAGAGUGGAAGUGAAAGUUAAGAAAUCCAUUAUCUAACCAGUCAUUAUUAAGAACGAAUCAAAACCAUCAGAAAUAAACCCCAAUAAAAGGCAAGUGAUAUUUAAUGAGAGUUAAAAACCUGUGGAUCAACAAUCACCAGUUCAUAGAGACUAUGAGAUUACUACAAAGCCCUUGCUAGGAGAUGUCUGGAUUGAUUUCAAUGGUUUGAUAGAUCUCUUCGUGAAUUCAGUUUCUCGUAUUAGAAGAAUAGAUGAAAUGGUAGUGCCAUAGCUUAAGUUAAAGAAAAAUACAUUAAGGCAGCCAGAUGUCGAAAAAGACGAGAAAUUUGAACACUUAAUCAGAAUGAUAAACAUCAUAAUUGAUAAUAUGAAGACUAAGCCAGACUAGAGAGUCUCAAAGCUCCAAAAAUAUUUAGUCUACUUAUAACUCAACUUCGACAGCCUAAUUUUUGAAAUGAAAAAAAGAAGUUAUGAGGAGCAAAAUUCUGGAUCAGGAACUGAAUCUGAUGAAGAGAGUAAAAUUAAUGUCAAUCAAGAUAAGAGCGCUCAAGAUCAUCAAAAUAGAGAAUAAAAACUAAUGCAGGAUGCUUACAAGAACAUUGAAGUCUCUGAGGAAGUAUACACAGUCAAAUUUCAGGAAUUGAGAGAAGUCUACUGGGAUGUACAGCUAAGUGUAGAAAACGUAUAUGAUUUUGGAAUCGUAGCUCUGGAUUGUAGUUCUUUCAAGCAAAUAGUCAAGAAGCAUCUUGAAAAAUUGAUUAAUAACCUGUCUAAGUAUGUGGUAUCUGACUUCCUUAGCAAAAUGAAUAACCUAUUCAACUAGUUUGAAGUCAUAGAGAGAAAAUCUACUGAGGAGGUGGAGACGAUUGACGAAGUCAUACACCUAAUUGAUUAUAUAGACAAAAUUCAGAAGCCAGAUGACUUAAUGGAUGAACUAGAGAACUUUUUAGAUGUGAUAAAGAAUAGGAAGGAUUUCAUUGAUACUUUGUCGUUGAGACUAAUGGACUCAGAUUUCAUGAAAUAUCUAAAUUUAUUCAGCUAUCCUAACAGACUGAGGACGUUGUUGUUCAAGAGAAAAUAAAACUUAGAGAACGAGAGAAAUAGGCUAAGUGAGUAGAUGAAUAGAGAAAAAGAGAAAAUCAUGAAUCAGAUAAAUAGCUUCAGAGAUGAAUUAGACUAUUUCAAGAAUGUUGGCUUGAAGUAGCCAUCAAAUCCCUAGAUUAAUUAUCCAGAUGAGCUAAAAGAAUAAGCAGCGAAAAUGAAUGUAUUGAGAUCCAAGUAAAAAACUCCAACUUUGCCAGCAACAACAAACCCAACUAGUGGAUAGUAAUCGCCGGUCACUCAAACUAUCACUGACUCUAUUGCUAAAAGUAGCAAGACUAAGGAUGAUGAACAAUUGUUUGUCCCUCAUGUGAUUGUUGAAAGUAUCUAUUAAUCUUAAUUUCAUAAAUUCCUUAUUAGUGUCUGA